AUGAAUGACACGCAUAACAACAGGACUUCCCUGGUGAAAGGCGCCAAAGACAUUGCAAAGGAAGCCAAGAGGCAAGCCGGCAAGAACUUCAACAAGGCGGUGGACCGCGCCUCGGAUGAAUACUCUGCGCACCGCAGCUACAAUCGAUUCCAGAACGAUGAGGAUGAAGAGAAUGAUUACAAUUCCUACGGACAAGCGGACAGGCGCUAUGGCGACAACGCGGCCAAUGACGAAGACGGGGCGUCUAGCGAUGCCACGGAGGGCCACGACGAUGAAGACGAGGUCUACGAAGGCGAGUACCAAGGCGUGCCUGCCUACCAAGACGGGAAACCGCGGGAUGGACAGAUACCCCUGGGCCAGCCGGUGGGUGACGGUCCAAAGAGCUGUAAGGAACUGGAGGACGAGCGGCAGGCCGACGAGGAGGAAUUGGCGCAGCAGUAUGAGCUCAUCAUGCAGGAGUGCGGCCACGGGAGGUUCCAGUGGCAGCUCUUCUUCGUGCUGGGCCUGGCGCUCAUGUCGGAUGGCGUCGAGGUCUUCGUGGUGGGAUUCGUCCUGCCCAGCGCCGAGACGGACAUGUGUGUGCCCAACUCCGGGGCCGGAUGGCUCGGCAGCAUCGUGUACCUGGGGAUGAUGUUCGGCGCCUUCUUUUGGGGCGGUCUGUCGGAUAAAUUGGGCCGCAAACAGUGCUUGCUGAUAUCCUUGUCGACCAACGGCUUCUUCGCCUUCCUCUCCUCCUUCGUGCAAGGCUACAGCACUUUCCUCUUCUGCCGCAUGCUGUCGGGAUUCGGGAUUGGAGGCGCAGUGCCCAUCGUGUUUUCAUAUUUUGCUGAGGUGUUGGCCCGAGAGAAGCGUGGCGAGCACUUGAGCUGGCUCUGUAUGUUCUGGAUGAUCGGCGGCAUUUACGCCUCAGCCAUGGCGUGGGCCAUCAUCCCGCAUUAUGGUUGGAGUUUCAGCAUGGGCUCAGCUUACCAGUUCCACAGCUGGCGAGUGUUUGUGGUUGUGUGUGCUCUGCCUUGCGUCUCAGCGGUAGUGGCGCUCACCUUCAUGCCUGAGAGCCCUCGCUUCUUCUUACAGAGGGGCAAACACGAUGAGGCCUGGAUGGUCCUAAAGCACAUCCACGACACCAACAUGCGAGCUCGUGGAGAGCCCGAGAGAGUCUUCACCGUCAACCGGAUAAAGAUCCCUAAGCUACUGGAUGGGCUGGUGGAAAUGCAGAGCGAGUCGGCCAAUCCGGUGGUUAAGGUUCUUUCAAAAGUAAAGACAGAGAUCCGAGGGAUCUGUUCCACUUUCAUGAAAUGCUUUGACUACCCGGUAAAAGACAACACCAUAAAAUUAGCAGCAGUUUGGUUUACGCUUUCCUUCGGCUUCUACGGGCUGUCCGUGUGGUUCCCCGACGUAAUCAAGCACCUGCAGGCCGACGAAUACGCCUCCCGGGUGAAGAUCCACACCAACGAACGCAUUGAAGACUUCACCUUCAACUUCACGCUGGAAAACCAGAUCCACAGAAAUGGCGUUUUCCUCAACGACAGGUUCAUCAGCAUGAAGUUUAAGGCGGUUUCUUUUGUCAACUCCUCUUUUCUCAACUGCUACUUUGAGGACGUCUCCUCCGUGGGCUCCUCCUUCAAAAACUGCACCUUUAUCGACUCCUUCUUUUACAACACAGAUAUCGACGACGCCAAGCUGACAAACUCAAAGGUGGUCAACAGCUCCUUCCACCACAACAAGACAGGCUGUCAGAUGACCUUCGAUGAUGACUACAGCGCCUACUGGGUCUACUUUGUUAACUUUCUCGGAACGCUAGCUGUUCUGCCCGGCAACAUCGUCUCCGCCCUCCUCAUGGACAAAAUAGGCCGCCUCAGCAUGCUGGGGGGCUCCAUGGUGCUGUCGGGCAUCAGCUGCUUCUUCCUGUGGUUCGGCACCAGCGAAUCCAUGAUGAUCUUCAUGCUAUGCCUCUACAACGGCCUGAGCAUCUCUGCUUGGAACUCCCUGGAUGUGGUCACCACAGAGCUGUACCCCACUGACAGGAGAGGCACAGGCUUUGGUUUCUGCAACGCCCUGUGCAAGCUGGCAGCUGUGCUGGGCAACCUGAUAUUUGGCUCCCUGGUGGGCAUCACCAAGGCUAUCCCCAUCCUGCUGGCGUCAUGCGUGCUGGUCUGCGGCGGACUGGUGGGCCUGCGGCUGCCCGACACGCGCGCCAACGUUCUCAUGUAA